ACACGGUUUUAAGAUUCGCGCAUGCGCAUACAAGUAUUACUGCAACAGCAUUGUUCGCAUUUAUAAGCUAUGGCUGCACAAUACAUUCAAGUUGCUGAAAACGAGGGUGAAGAGCCAGUAGAAAUACCAAGUGAAGAUGACGGUACCCUACUGCUCUCAACAUUAUCGGCGCAGUUUCCUGGAGCUUGUGGUCUUAAGUAUAGAAAUGUACAGACUGGCAAUUUUAGAGGGGUCAGACUAAACGACGGAUACCUGUAUCCAUCGGAGGGGUCAUGGGGAGAAUCUGUGUAUGUUGUCGUGUUUCCGAAAUUACCGAGCAUAUCACCAGAUCAAGAUGAUAACCAGAUUCACUACAUACCUAGCAUUUGUGAUAAUAAAAGAAAGGGUGAUGAUAUCGAGAAUCCAGGAUCCAAAACUCGACGCAUGGACAGUAAGCGCUGUGUGGAUCUUAUUGUGCUGGGUUUACCAUGGAAAAGUACAGAAGAGGACAUGCGCAAAUAUUUUUCACAGUUUGGAGAGCUUUUAUUAGUUCAGGUCAAAAGAGAUGGCAAAACUGGACAGUCCAAGGGUUUUGGAUUUGUAAGGUUCAGCGAAUAUGAAUCACAGGUCAAAUGUCUGGCACAACGACACAUGAUUGAUGGAAGGUGGUGUGAAGUCAACAUUCCUGCAUCCAAUGAACAGAGUGGUCCACCGAUGAACAGAAAGGUUUUCAUUGCCCGUUGUUCAGAGGACAUUACCACUGAUGAUCUUCACAAAUACUUCAGUAAAUUUGGUGAGGUGUCUGAUGUCUUCAUACCCAAACCUUUCCGGGCCUUUGCCUUUGUCACAUUUAUGGAUGCAGAAAUUGCCCAGGGUCUUUGUGGAGAAGAUCACAUCGUCAAAGGGACAAGUGUCCAUGUCAGCAGUGCCACGCCUAAAUCAUUUGGUAAUAAAUACGACGACCACCGUCAAGGGGGACAUGAUCGAGAUGGUUGGCGGGACAGGGAUAGGGGGGAUUAUGAUCGGCUAAGAAGGCGGGGGGACAAUAAUCAGUCGUCUCGAAAUGAGACGGCCAUGGAGCAAAACAUGGGGAUGAAUUUCCUAAACACUGCCAUGUUGGCAGCAGCACAAGCUGUACUAAGUGGACAGGGGGGAUGGGCUGGAAUGGGGGGGAACCAACAGCCAGGGGGGACUCAGGACCAGUCUAUGACUCAGUCCUAUCGUGGCAACAGUCGCCCAGACAGUGGGGGUCAGAGCUACAGUGGGUGGGGUUAUGAAUCUCAAGCCAGUAGUCAAGGAGGUGGGUACAGUGGCUGGAGUGGAAGGGGAGGGGCUAGUGGGUGGAGUUAAAACCUAAUAGAGUGGAAGGGGAGGGGCUGGUGGGUGGAGUUAAAACCUAGUAGACGAUUGUAUAUUGAGCAAUAUUUCAUAAUGGGAAUGCUCUUUCAGCAUUAAACUAGGAAUUGCCAUUUUAUUGAAAGUAAAUGCCAGGGGGGGGCAUCAUAAAGUUUCUAAAUAUAUGUACAUCAAUAUAUCGUACCAUUUCCUUACAUCAUAUUUUUAAGACUGUUGGAGAAAGAUUGUGUGAAGUGGUAGCUAUAGGUUAAAACGGAGGCGAGCAACUAGAUGUGCGAGAUGUUUAUGAUUGGUCAAGAAGAUAAGGAGAGAUAAGUAGAGGAAGUGGAGCGAGAACAUUUUUAAGUGAAGGAGACAUUGGAAAGGAAGUGAUCCGUCAGAAGAGAGAUGUGAGGACAUUAAGUGAGAUGAUGAAUUUAACGGCCAGAAAGUGAGAGAAAUGUUUACAUCGACUUUAUUUUAGUGUCCAAGUUUAGUUGGUAGAGACUGUGUAAGUGUUUUUCAAAGAGUUUCUAUUUGUUGUCAUAUAAAAUUAAUCCGACAGAGAGCAGCGUUUGUGAGUUUAUCCUCGAGAUUAGAUAUGAGUCUUGAAUUUGCAGAACAUUGGAGGAGAAAGAAAGAAUAUUUGUGCAUAGCAGAGAAUUGAGAAAGGUUAUACAUAUCAAACAGCAUCGUCAGAUCCAAACAGAUUUUGUUCCAUUUACUCAUCACACACUGAUGAACUCAUUUAAGAAUGUAAGGAUCUGUCAUAAGUAUCCAUAUGGAUGAGGUAGAGAAAUCUCACCAAAGGGGUUGAAUAUAUCGGUCAUGGAGAAGGCUUGCAAGUCCUUGACCAAAAUAUUAAACACCAAGGACAAGAUUUUCCAAUCCCACAUAAACUGACUUUUUCUCCCAUAUUCUGUAAUAAUUUCAUUUUUAAACCAUUGUUUUGAUGUUUUUAAUUACAGAUAGAUAUGCAAAAUGUAGGCUAACUGGGCCAGGUGCUCAUGUGAAAUUGUUAAAUCUAGCUAAGGCUUUCUCACAUGGAAGAAUGGCAGUAACAAAAGAAAACUGGAGUGAAAUAUGCCAAGUCAAAAGAGAUAUGCAAUGAUAGAAUAUAUAUAUAUACUUAAGAUGCGAUUAUUAUUAUUUUUUUCUUACAUGAAAAUGUGGCAGUGCCCAUGAACACUGAAUAGAAGCUGAAUUUUGUGGGGAAUGAUUCCUUUAUUUAUAUCGCAUUUCUUCAUACAAUCAACAUGUUUAUCAUGGUCAAAAUAAGUUCCAAGGAUACAUAAUGUGAAAAUUGUUAAAGUAUUACUUUUAGAUAUUACAGUAGCACCAAUCAAAUGAUUUUCUUUGACAGCUUUUCGGUGACUGUCCACGUGUGAUGAGUAGAGAAGAACAAAGAAAUCGUUGGGAUCUGUCGAUGAUUAAACAAAAGCAACCAGAGAGUUUUAGUAACCCUGAAAUGGCAAUACAUAUGAUAAACUAUAUAAAUCAGUCCUGUGUGCUGAUUAGUGAGUGAAUGAACUUUUGAUGAUGCAUGUUAUCCGUAAAGUUUUAAAUUGCAACAUAUUAAAAGUAUAUAUUUUUUAAA